AUGGGAAAUAUGAGGAACUGUAAAAAGGCCAGUGUGGCUGGAGUGAGGGGAAAUGUGGUGCAAAAUAAGACUCCAGAGCUUAUCAGUUUUCGUUUUUCUCGCGAAAGGCCUCCCGGCUUGUAUCAUUGGUCCAAAUUAAGGUGUGGCUGUGACGAUUCUAGGCGCGCCAGCGCGCUUUGUAGUCGUCAUAAUUACGUAGGCAAACCUGACGCGCGGCAGAAGAAAAUUCCUGAUAUUUGCAUUGAUUCUGGUAUUUGCUUUGCAGGAAUUUAUGUUGAUGCAGUUAACUCCCUGGGCCAGACAGCACUUUUUGUUGCAGCAUUAUUAGGCCUUACGAAAUUAGUUGAUGUUCUGGUGGAUUAUGGAUCAGAUCCAAAUCACCGUUGCUUUGAUGGGAGCACCCCUGUCCAUGCAGCAGCAUUUUCAGGCAAUCAGUGGAUCCUCAGCAAACUCCUGGAUGCAGGAGGUGACCUGCGACUCCAUGACGAGAAGGGUCGAAAUCCGCAGACCUGGGCCUUGACAGCAAGGAAGGAACGCAGCACCCUGAUGGUGGAGUUCAUGCAGCGCUGCGCCUCGCACAUGCAGGCCAUCAUCCAGGGCUUCUCUUAUGACCUCCUAAAGAAGAUAGACUCUCCUCAGCGGCUCAUCUGCAGCCCUCCCUGGUUUGGGGGCUUCGUGCAGGGAAAACCUAAUGCCUCUCCUAAGCGAUUGCCGAAAGCUGGAGUCAUUUCUGCCCAAAAUAUCUACAGCUUUGGCUUUGGGAAGUUUUAUCUCACAGGGGGCACACAGCUCACCUAUCUAGGAUCUCUUCCGGUAAUUGGAGAAAAAGAAGUGAUUCAAGCUGACGACGAGCCCACCUUCUCUUUCUUCAGUGGCCCCUACAUGGUCAUGACCAACCUGGUGUGGAACGGGAGCAGGGUCACAGUGAAGGAGCUGAAUCUCCCUACCCACCUGCACUGCAGCAGGCUGCGGCUGGCCGACUUGUUAAUUGCAGAGCAGGAGCACAGCAGCAAGCUGCGGCACCCCCACCUACUGCAGCUGAUGGCUGUGUGCCUGUCCCAGGACCUGGAGAAGACCCGUCUGGUGUAUGAGCGCAUCACAGUCGGCACCCUCUUCAGUGUCCUUCACAAGCAACGGUCCCAGUUUCCAUUGCUGCACAUGGAGGUGAUUGUGCACCUGCUGCUCCAGAUCUCCGAUGCCCUGAGAUACCUGCAUUCGCGGGGCUUUAUCCACCGCUCGCUCAGCUCCUAUGCCAUCCACAUUGUCUCAACGGGGCAAGCAAGGCUCACCAACCUGGAGUACAUGAUGGAAAGCCGGGAUGGAGAUGUACACAGGGACCUGACUCAAGUACCCCUCCCCACCCAGCUGUACAACUGGGCUGCACCGGAAGUGAUCUUACAGAGGGCAGCCACAGUGAAGUCGGACAUCUACAGCUUUUCUAUGAUCAUACAGGAGAUUUUAACAGACAACAUACCCUGGAAUGGCUUGGAUGGCUCAGUUAUUAAAGAAGCCAUAGUGCUGGGAAAUUAUUUAGAAGCUGACGUCAGGCUUCCGAAGCCUUACUAUGAUAUUGUUAAGUCAGGCAUCCAGGUCAAGCAGAAAGACCGAACUAUGAGCCUUCAAGAUAUCCGGUAUAUUCUGAAGAAUGACUUAAAGGAUUUUAUUGGAGCCCAGAGAACUCAGCCGACUGAGAGUCUGAGAGUACAGAGAUAUGAACUCCAUCCUGAUGUCAGUGUCUAUCUAGGACCGACUUCAGAACAUUCAAAAGAGACCCCUGACUUGGAAAUCAAAGAGCUAAAGGAAAUGGGCAAUCAGCCUCAUUCACCAAGGGGUCACUCUUCUCCCACUGAAAAAGCAACACCAGAUCCUCAGGCCCCAGAUCUGAGUCUGAGAGCCAAGGAGACUCAGAAUCAAGAUGUUCCUCCUGCUCCAUUUGUGGUAGAAGAGGCCAGCAACUCCAGCUCAGGUCAGGCAAGCCUCUGCAGCUUUGAAAUCAAUGAAAUCUACUCAGGCUGCCUAAGCAUGGGAGAUGACAAAGAGAAAGAGGCCCCAGGAGCUGCUUCAUCUCUAGAAGAGGAUAGACCAGACCAGGAUGAUGAACUGAAGUCCAUGGAGGAAGAGCUGGAUAAGAUGGAGAGAGAGGCAUGCUGUUUUUGUGGUAAGGAUGAGAGUUCUUCAGAAGCUGACACAGAGCUCUCCUUUGAGGACUGGGACUGGCAAAAUUGUUCACUUAGUUCACUCAGCCUACUUGAGCCAACCAGAGAAGCCGCGGGCAAUGUGAGCAACAGGUCCAAGACUGAGGAGUACAUCAGUAAGUGUGUGCUGAAUUUAAAGAUUUCGCAAACGCUAGCGCACCAGAAUGCCGAUUUGCUGAGGAAUGUCCAACAAAAAUUAGAUAAGCUUGAGAUGACGCAGAAGGAGCUGGAGAAGCACAUGUCUCUGUGGGCUACCUCAAGAGAGUUUGCAAACAUUUGUGACUUACCUUCAGCUGUGGGCCCUCCAGCUUCCAGUUAUAUCCCUCCUGUCAUGCAGCCAAAAACCCACAGCAAUUGUCCAACCCUAGUAAGGUUUCCAAGAACAGUGAAAGACUUUCAAGGGAGACAUUUUGGCAAAAGGUCCAGGAAAAGAAGUGGCUGUGGCUGGAAACCUUUCACCCCUUUCACCCAAGUCUCUGAAGAAAGCAUUAGGAAUCAGUCAGAGACGAGCCAUCAGCUGCCAGCUGUUUGUGGCCCUGGAAAACAGAACACAGGUGAACAAUUUCAGCCCACUCAAGGAGCCAAAGACAGUUUGGAAAGAAGCAGAAACCAAAAUACCAGUAGCCAAGGAAGGCCUAGAGAGUCCAGUGCCCAAACCAAAGUCACACAGCUCAAUAGCUCACUCUUCACUGUGUCAAGCCACCUGCCGGGACCUCUUGGGUCAUUCAGCCCUUGCCAGGACUCUGCCAGGAUCAGUGUGGAAUCUGUGUCUUCUGAAGUCUAUAAAGCAAAGUCAAGAAAUAACGAAGAUGAUGGAGAGGUACACUUAAAGUGGAAAAUGGAGGUGAAAGAAAUGGUAGAGAAAGCAGCUACUGGGCAGCUCACAGUACCUCCAUGGCAUCCCCAGAGUAGUUUGAUUUUAGAGAGGGAGGCUGAAAAUGAGCAUGAUCCCCUGCUACAAUCCCCUGUUAGGGGCCCUGGGAACAUGAAUUGGCAGCAAGUUGUAGAGCAUCAAAAGGAAAAUAAAGACCCAGGAAGAAAUGGCAAGUUUGACAAAACAGACAACAGUGACUGUGACAGCAACCAGCAUGGCAGACAGCGUGGGCCUCAAAGCUUCACCAGUAUCAGGCACCUGGCCCCCAGAAAAAAUGAGCAGCCAGAGCAUAGUGAAGCCUUUCAAGCAAGUUCUGAUGCAUCUGUGGUCACUGAGAAAUUUUGCAGCGAUCAGUCGGUGCAAUCAACUUGUUCAUCAGAGUCUUCUGAGGAUGUAACAGAUGAAUUUUUAACUCCAGACUAUGAAUAUUUUUACUCCUUGACUGCUCAAGAAAACUUAGCUGUAGAGACCUCAAGUCCCAUAGAAGAGGACUUUGAAGGAAUGCAAGGUGAGGAAAAGGUCCAAAUGAGAAAAACCCUUGGAAAGGAUGCUGAGAUUUUGACCAGAUCUCAAUUCCAACCUAUACAAAGUACUGAAGGUGAGCAAGAAGAGACAUUAAAGGAGACACCAAAGGACCUGAAAGAAAAAGACAUAUCAUUGACAGACAUUCAAGACCUGUCUAGUAUCUCCUGUGAACAAGACGGCUCUUUUAAGGAAGCCUCAUGCAAAACACCCAAAAUGAAUCAUGCACCUACUAGUGUCAGCACUCCGCUCAGCCCAGGGUCAGUUUCUUCAGCUGUCAGACAGUAUGAAGACUGCCUUGAAAGUAGCACAUUUCAGGUUAAAACCUCUUGCUGGAACAGUCAAGAAUCUAUUCAAACUCUCUUUGAUAAAUGUACAACUGUUCGAGAAAAAGCAAGGAGUCUGGAUUCUCUGUUUACUGCCUCUGAAACUCCCCCUUCAAGACUGACUGAUCUUAAAAGGUUGUCUGCAUUUACUGGGGCUGAUUCCUCCAGCAUUGCUAAGGCGUCUGACACACCACUCCCUAUCACCCAGAAAAGAUGCCUGCCUAAAGAACUAGUAGAAGCCAUCUCACAGCAUCACAUUGAUGAGCUACCACCACCGUCUCAGGAGCUACUUGACGAAAUUGAACACUUGAAGCAGCAGCAGGCCUCCUCCACAGUGUUGCCUGAGAACCCAGCAAGUGAUCCAGGCAUCACUCAACAUGAUCAAAGGCACUUAGAAGAACACAAAACUGACAGUGAAAAAGAAGAUAGCAAUAUGCUUUUGACCAAAGAAAGUCAAGAUCUAGGAGAGGACACAGAAAGAGCUCACUCUUCUCUUGAUGAAGAACUGGAAAGAUGGCUGCAGCCACCUGAGGAGAGCAUGAAGCUACAGGAUCUCCCCAAGAGUUCUGCAAGAGAGACAGAUACCAAGGAUCAAGAAGUUGGUGAAAAGAAGAGAAAAGGGGAAGAACGCAUCAAGCCAGAAAGAAGGAAAUCAGAAAGCUUUUUAGGGACUUCUGAAGAAGAUGAAUUACAACCCUGUUUUUGGAAGCGACUGGGUUGGUCUGAACCAUCCAGGAUAAUCGUGCUGGAUCAGAGUAACUUGUCAGACUGACCGGAAUUAGAUCGUAGAUGGACUCCUGGCCUGAGUUUUCGUGUCCUGGUUGAAAACUCCUUCCUUCUCUCGUCUCCUUCAGUUGCCAUCAGGGCAGCAGUUCCAGUUCCUGUAACUCACACUUUGUUCAGCUGCCACAAUGGAUGUAAUGGUUUGACCCUGUCUGUUGGUAGCACAUUUAACCAUUUGUUUUCAGUCAUAUUUCUGAAAAGUGAGAGGUAGUUUUGAUUGUGAAAAUUUGUUGUUGUGUCCACAAUGGCUUUUAGCUUUGUUGAUGUAAAUUUUUGAAAACUUCAAGUCCUGUUAUAUAAUAAAAUGUUUAGGUUUCAGCUGUGUAAGA